GGGAGAUCGUUCUUCUCAUUGUAAUCUCCGAUUGGCUCAUUGAAGAUUCAAACCCCACUACAGUUAUUUUAAAAAUAAUAAUUGGUUAAAUCAAAAGGCACCAUACCCUACUAAGAAAAAAAAUUAGAUAUACGAAUUUGUCUAAUUUUGUUCUUUAAAACUUCAAAUUUGAGGGUUUAUUUUAACGGUUUCGUAUGGUACUGAUGCUUUUAGAAUGGAGCAUUCGGAUGAUCUUUGCAACAUAGGAGAUGGAAGAGGUAAUAACGGUGCUUCCUGUGCUCCGUCAACUUCGACGGCGGCGAGCUCUGCCUACAAGUUAUUCGGCCGUCAAACCUCUUUCCACCAGAUGAUGGGCGGCGGUAAAGCUGCUGACGUUAUAUUGUGGAGGCGGAGGCGUGUGUCUUUUGGCAUAAUAGUUGCUGCUACAGUCGCAUGGCUCAUCUUUGAGUAUUCAGAGUUACCUUUCUUAUCAGUUUCAUCUGAUGUUUUACUGAUUCUGAUCGUUCUGCUCUUUCUCCGUGCGAACUAUGCCGCCUGCAGGAAGAAACAACUCCCAGCAUUACCAGAACUAGUCUUGUCAGAAGAAAUGGUUAAUAAUGCUGCAGCAUCAUUUCGGGUCAAAAUUAAUUAUAUGCUUCUCAUGGCUCAUGAUAUCACUCUUGGCAAAGAUUUCAAACUCUUCUUCAAGGUAGUUAUUAUUCUCUGGCUUCUAUCUGUCAUAGGAAGCGUAAUAUCUUUCUUCACACUUGCAUAUAUUGGAACAAUUAUAUUCAUUACUGUGCCUGCCUUGUAUAAUAAAUUUGAAGACCACGUGGAUAGAUAUGCUGGGAAGAUCCACAGGCAAUUUUCAAGGCACUACAAAAUAGUGGAUGGGAGCAUUAGCAGGCUCCCCCGUAGUAUAGCCAAAGACAAAGAACUAUAAAAUCUUGUAGCAUGAUUGAUUUUGAUGAGAAAAAAAACUUAGUUUGCUUUUUUUUUUUUGGUCAAUGAAUAAGCUGGAACUCGCAAUGUUGCAUCAUUCUGGUUAGUCUAUCUUGAUUCUCCUUUUCCCAUAGAAUGAGGGUUACUCAUGAAAUCAUUCAUGUUUCCAAGCUUGAAGUUGGGAUUUUCUGAAACAAGAUAACAAAUGGCAACUGUCACGACUAA